GCCCCAAAUUGGCAAUCCAAAUCCCUAAGACCAUCUUAUCUUCUCUCUCUCUCUGUAUAAGCCGCAAUGUAGUUCGUGAGCCACAAAGAUGAGAUCUUGCACGUCUUUGUCAUAACAACUUCUACUUGUGAACAUUCAAAAAAGACCGACCCUAAUUUAUACACGCACACACAUUUAUCAUAUAUACUAUAUACAGUAUAUAUAUAUAUGCACUUGUAGGGUUAAAGUCUCUUCUCUUCUUCUUCUCUCGGCCAUCACAUUGACAAUAAUGGCUUCUCUUUUGACUUCUCCUCUAACAAAGCCCAAGCCCGUUUUCCUCUCUUCACCUCCACGAGCUCUCAACACAUCACCACCGUCGUUGAAUUUCACCAGAAUUUCGUUCAACCACCACCAAAAGCUCGCUCCUUUCAGGCCUCCGAGUCUCGUCGCCGCAUUCUCUGAGAAGGGUCCGAAGCGGGAUGUCACAGCAGCUGCAGCGGCGGCUGCGGCGGAGGAAGGGGAUUACAGAAGGAUAAUGCUCUCCGAUGUGAUGGUUAAGAAGAAGGAGAAGGUGCUCUGGUGGGAGAGAAAGUGGAAACCGAUGGAUUUUGGGUCGUUUGCUGUGGUUUUGUCAAUGCAUCUGCUUAGCCUGUUGGCUCCGUUUCAAUUCAACUGGAGAGCUGUUUCGGUUGCUUUUGGGCUAUAUAUCGUCACAGGUCUUCUGGGCAUUACUCUGUCUUUCCAUAGAAACCUCUCUCACAAAAGCUUCAAGCUUCCCAAGUGGCUUGAGUACUUGUUUGCUUAUUGCGGAGCUCAAGCUCUUCAGGGGAACCCAAUUGAUUGGGUGAGUACACAUAGGUACCAUCAUCAGUUCUGUGAUUCAGACAGAGAUCCUCAUAGUCCGCUUGAUGGGUUUUGGUUCAGUCACAUGAAUUGGAUGUUUGAUACCAGUACAAUCACCAAAAGGGUUGGAGAGCCCAAUAAUGUUGGGGAUUUAGAGAAGCAGCCAUUUUAUCAAUUCCUUCGAACCACAUACAUUUGGCAUCCGGUGGCUCUUGCGGUUGCUCUAUACGCAAUUGGUGGCUUCCCGUUCAUCGUUUGGGGAAUGGGUGUACGAAUAGUGUGGGUAUAUCAUAUAACUUGGCUAGUGAACUCAGCUUGUCAUGUAUGGGGAAAACAAGCAUGGAACACAGGGGAUUUGUCUAAGAACAACUGGUGGGUAGCAGCUCUUGCAUUCGGAGAAGGAUGGCACAACAAUCACCAUGCUUUCGAGUUCUCAGCUCGGCACGGCCUAGAAUGGUGGCAACUAGAUAUGACUUGGUACGUCGUUAGAUUUCUCCAAGCCAUCGGUUUAGCAACCGAUGUUAAGCUGCCAUCAGAAGCUCAGAAGCAACGAAUGGCACUGACCAGCGACUGAUCUUAAAACUAUGUCCGCUAUUAUGUCCGGAAUCAAAAACUGUCGGUACGAUUUGAAGCUAUGGAAGAUUCAAAAAGGGUUUUGUACUUUUUUUAGUUUUCUUGUUUGUUUUGGUUUUACAUAAAGGUAUAUAUAUCUCUGCUCAAGAGAUUUGUAUGUGACAAGCUGAUUAUGAAAUUUUAAAUAUCUAUAAUUACAUUCAAUACAAAAGAAUCAAAAAAGUAAAAGAAUCACGUUCUGUGUGGCCAAGGUGUCCAUGGCAAUUCUAGAUACUCAACAGGUUUGAGUUUUGGAAAUACGGUUUGGA